AUGGGUUCUCGCGGCGGCAGAGCAGUGUUGAGAAGUGCUCUCACUCGGGCAGAAGGUCGUACCGCUCGCCCACGGACUCCCACUCUUCCGCUCGCUCUUCCUCAUCCUCGGCACUCGUCAAGCACUCCUCAGCCUCUCUCACACCCUCACGGACACCAUGCAGCCUUCCAGUCGCACAGUACGACAAAGGCAUACGGCCAGCCGCUUCCCUCUACUCACCCUCACCUCCUCGCACCCGGCGAGCUCACGCCUGGCAUCUCGGCAAAGGAGUACGAGCAGCGGCGACGGAAGUUGAUGGACCGGCUGGAGGGCAACGCGGUCGUCGUCAUUGCGGGCGGACAGAUCCAGUACAUGACGCAGAACAUCUUCUACCGCUUCCGACAACGAAGUAAUCUCUGGUACAUCACGGGCUUUGAAGAACCCGACUCUGCGCUCAUACUCGAGAAGGAUAGCUCAUCUAGAGGUUACAAGAUGACGCUGUUUUGCCGGCCGAAGGACGCGUACGAGGAGUUGUGGAACGGGGCGCGGACUGGGCUCGACGGCGUGAUGCAAGUUUUCGGUGCGGACGAGGCCUGCGAUUCCGCCAGGUUCGGCCACCGGCUGCAGCAGAUCCUCUCGCACAACUCCCGCGGCCCGAUCUACAUCGACCUCCCCUCGCAGUCUCUCUCAACCUUUUCCCGCACGCGCCCUCGCUCACCCUCUCGAUCAUUCCUCUCGUACCUCUCGCUGGCGGGGAAGGACCCAGGUCGCGAUGAGGUAGAUGAGGUGAUGAAGGCGUUGGAGAAGCGGGAUGUGCGGAGCGCGGAGAAGGAAGUCGAGAGGUUGAGAUUGAUCAAGAGUGAGGCGGAGGUCAAGGUCAUGCGGAGAGCGGCGGAUAUCAGUGCGGAUGCGCAUGCAAAGGUCAUGCGCUUCGCCCGCCCCGGCCUCCCCGAAUCCUCCCUCGUCGCGCACUUCAGCUACCACACCUCCCUCUCCGGCUCCCCUCGCCUCGCCUACGUUCCAGUCUGCGCAUCCGGCGCUCAAGCACUCACGAUCCACUAUGUCGAGAACAAUCGACCGGUCAAGGAGGGCGAGAUGGUGCUGAUUGAUGCGGGGUGCGAGUGGGGAGGGUAUGCGAGCGACAUCACCCGCACCUUCCCCGCCUCCGGCACAUUCACGACUCCCCAAGCGCACCUCUACGAAGCCGUCCUCCGCGUCGUCCGCGCCUGCACGCAGCGUUGCACCUCCUCCACCUCCUGGACCUUCGAAGACCUGCACCGCUACUCUGUCGACUUGACGCGGACAGAGUUGCGCGACUUGGGUUUCGAGAUGAGGGCUGGAGAACUGGAGAGGGUGUUGUAUCCGCAUUUUGUCGGGCAUCCGAUUGGAGUGGACUUGCAUGAUACGAGGAGCUAUGGGAGGGAUGAGCGGCUACAGGAAGGCAUGGUCGUUACGGUCGAGCCGGGCAUCACCGUCCCCCCUCUGGCGCACUUCCCGAAGCACUUCCACGACAUGACGGUGCGGAUCGAGGACGAGGUGUUGGUGCGCAAGGACGACUGCGUGGUGCUGUCGGUGGAUGCGCCGAAGGAGCUGGUUGAUGUCGAGGCGUGUUGCCAGGGGUUCCUCGAGGGUGUGCGGGGUGAAGAGGCGUCGCAGGAGUAG